AGCACGACUGCAUUGGACUCUGUCAUGGAUGCCAAGAAACCAUAUGCCAGUACUACCAGGAAAAUAAGUAAAAGAGUGCAAUAUGCCUCUCUUGCUAGGGAUUCCCAGUGGUCUCCAUCUAAUAAAAGCUCUUGCCAGUUGGAGCAAGGUGAACCAGAUUUGCAAAAUAGAGAUUUCAAAAGCCCUUCUGCAGAUGAAACUGUUGUCCGAUAUUUGAAUGACCGGCCAGCAAUCGAUGCCUUGCAGAACUCAGACCCUUUUUUAAAAUCUGUAACUCCUACCAGAUUGGAGGAGGAAAAGACUGAGGGAUCCAGAGAGAAGUAUGCUAAAAUGUCUCUGAGUGUCACAGUUCCAUAUGCUGAGUUGAAAGACCUGCAGUUGGCCGAAUCUCUAGCUUCCUCUGCCAGUACCUCUAGUGCCCACAGGCUAGAUAUCUUAAAGCGUCACCACCAUGAUGCUAAACUGGAAAAACUGAAGGAAAGGAUUAGGAAGCAGUGGGAAUUUCAAGAAGAACUGAAUAGCAGAGGACAGUUUCAGGACUAUGUUGAUCAUCCAGUAAUUGUUGCAGCUGCAGAGAAUACAGGAACACUUCAAGUCAGAACAGAAGCAGCUGCAUCUCCUGCUCCUUCAUAUAAAGGUUUCAAUCCAUUGGUUGCCAAGAUUCAUACUCUUGGUGGGAAGGUAUGGCAUGAAGAAUUUCUCAAUCUCAGUACAGAGCUCUAUCGAGACUUGGAAUUCCCGUUAGAGGAAGAGGAUUCUGUUGUGAAGGAUACACCUAUUACAAAAAGGAAGAAGAAAAAGGCAGCCAGAACAGUGCACGAAGUCCAGAGAGUGACAGAGCUACCAGGUCAUGAUUCUAAGCUAGGAAGCUUCAAUAUAAGUACGUCAUCUUGGCGGGAUGGAAAAAGAUUGGCAAGGAAGAUACUUGGUCCAGCACCUAGAGUAACGAAACAGGCACCGUCUUCCAUUGAUGGAAGUUGGAGUGAUAGGUCUAAUAAAUCAGCAUCUUACACUGGAAGGACAGAAUCUGAUUCCAUGCUGGAUAUGUCCGUAAAAUCCUGCUCAAGAAAUCCUAAACGGUCCUGGAGUAAAAUGAGAAGGGAGAAUAGCUUGAGAAAGAGAGAUACUGCUGUUCGGGAUACUGAACAGAAAGAGCACCACAUAAAUAAGGACUUGUCAGUGGAUAUCCAAGGUAUUCUUGGUGACUUACAAGUGGAUUCUGUGACUCAGAGUACAAAGCAACAGACUGAUGAAGAAAAUCAGAAUUCAGAAUUGCCUGCUGUAUUGACUAGGAUUCACUGCCCAAUGAAGAAAAAACCUGACAAACUAGCUGCUGACAAAGAGCCUCAAGUCACAUGUAAGAAACAUCACUAUGAUACAGAUGUAGUUCGCCAAUAUAUUGUUAAACAGCAACAGGAGAGGAAGAAGAAGCAGAGCGAACAGAAGAAAGCACAGAAGGAGACAACAGAACAGAGGAACAAGAGACUUCGGGAACUGUACAAGAAACAGAGGGAGGCUGUUGCUAAUAAGCCAAAGAGUGUGUCAGCUCCCGAGCAAGUCCCCAAGCAACUACCAGAGACUUACUCCAAAUUGCUUGUUGAUCAAGCCUUGCUGGAGGAGCCACAGCCCCCAUUCAUACAGGAGGUACAGCCCAACCCUGGAUAUCAACCAUCUGAAGAUUCUAACAAAGAGGACAAAAUGCAGGGGCAUUCACAUAGUGCAUCUUCCAGUAGCAAUAUGUCUCUAUGUGAAUCUCAUCAUUCUCUUGUUACGGAUAAUUUGUUGGAGCCUUCAUGGAUCCAGUCAGAUAGACUAAGUUCAAAAUCCCAGCUACCUUUCCCACAAUCUUCUGCUGUCUUAAGUAGAGGUCUCUUUUCACAACGUUUGUCCUUGGAUCACAUGAGUGUCUUGCAAAAAGACUUUGACUCUUUGUUAUCAACCAGAAUCCACAGCACAGUUGUGGGAUCUUUGCCUUUGGCAUCUCCACCAGUUACAUCUACUCUACAGCCCACAAUGAACCAGUAUAAAGGUAAAUUAGGCCGUAUUGAAGCCCUGAAAGCAACAGCAGCUUCUUUGUCAAGCAGAAUUGAAAGUGAAGCCAAAAGGUUAGCUGGAAUUGGCAUCGAUUAUGGAGCAGCAUGGAACUCUGAACAUGACCUGGUGCAAGGAAAUCAGGGCGACGGCUACUGGGCGAAGGCCAGCAGUCCCUCUGUUAGAGAAGAGAAUGAUGCUUUCUCAGCCACACUUCAGAACAUGUUGAGUACCUGUGUGUCUCAACUUGACAGUCACCUCCUUGGACUGGAAAAUCCUGGAGUGGAAAAGACCAACAGCGCUCUCGCUGCUGCCAUCACACUCCCAUGCAAGCAGACAUCUGAAGGAAUAGUAGGAAACCUAUCUAAGAAGCAAAACUCCUCUCCUAAGGCUGAAAGUAUUAUAAUUCUCCAUGACUGUCAUGUAGACUCAAUAAGUGAGCAGUGGCUCAGUGAUCAUAUCGUGUCUGAGGAGGAGGGAAACCAGUGUGAACAUUCACCUUUGAAAGCUGAGACGUUAAAGAAAAAAGAGUUCUGUGCUGCAGAUAAAACUAGCAGUGAGCCCGUAGGACAAUUUCAGAAGGAGGCAGAAAAUUAUUUACCCCUUUCUGCACAGAUGGGGAGUGCUUCAGGUCCCUGGGAAGAAAUCACCAAAGGAAGUCCACAUAGUGUCAACAUCUUUACAAAAUCUAAUCAACUACAUGGGAAAGGAUUUGAGGAAUGGUCAGGACCAGGAUCACCAAUCCAGCGACCUUUGCUUCCAGUAAUGAGCCCUCCAGCUAGUAUUGUUUCAUAUGAAGAUGACUUCAUCUCAUCACAGGGCAGUGGAAUAGUGACAGACAAAAAGACAUCUGUUGAGCCCAGUGUUUGCAGCAGCAGCCCAAGUCUAAAGGAAGAGUUUAUCAGCAAGAAAUUAUCUUACAAGCUCCAAGCUGAAGAGUUUGCCCACCAUUCCUCAGGAUUUCCAUCUGCCAGUUCUUGCUCAUCUGCAUCUUCUAAUAGAAGAGGGGAAAAGGAAAGACUGGAAUCUUUUUCUGGGGUUUCACUUGUCUCUUGGUGGGAAGAAAACAGAAUGUUUGCAGGGUCAGACCACAGACUGUCAGAUGCAAAAACUUCAGUGCCUAGCAAUGGAGUAUCUAGUAGAGAACAAGUACAGAAUCCAGACUCUGACAGCACCUUGGAAGAACUUUCUGGUCACUCUUUGAUGAGUCUCCCAGAUAAGAUAAGGUCACCAAGGACUGCAAGCUAUCCUCAGUCUCCAAGUGUACAGAAACAGUUGGAACCUGUAGCAGAACAGUCCAGGUCCUCUUCAAGAUCCCAAGCAACUAUACCUCCUGGACCCAAGCCAAAUCUUGCUUUCCCUGAUGUGAACCUUGGAGCCAAAAGGACUGGGACAGGUGUUGUGAGUGACUCCGUGCAGUGCUUCCCUGCUGGUCUCCAGCAUCGAAUAUUAACAGAACUCAACUACUUAAGUACCAUUGAGAAGUCUCUACAGCAGCUUUCGGGUUUGGAACAAGUGCAGGACAUAUCACUUGUACAACAGAAGAUUGUUUCACUUGCUCAAGUACGAAAGGCCCAGCAAGAACAGCAUGAGCGGGACUUGACUCUUCUGAAGCUCAAAGCAGAGCAAAAGGCUUUGGAAAGUCAGAGGCAAUUGGAAGAGGCACGGCAGAAAGCAGCUCAGGCCCACGCAGAAUCACUACAGCAGCUGGUGCAAUCCCGAGAAGACUCAGUAGAGGCUGUCCAGGAGACUAUGUGUAAAAUUGCAGCUCAGCAGAUAGAGGCAGCUCUUCUCACCACAGAUGCUGCUCAGGAGAUUUGCAAGCUGGCAGAGAUAGCAUGUGCCCAGAACCCAGAUGCUGUCACUAUCUCUGCAAAUCCAGUUCCAUUGCUAUUGGACCAAAAGCGGGAACACCAUUCAACAUCCAUAAAGAAAAUAAAAGUUUGUUCUGAUAAAAGCAGGAAAACAGUAUCUGUUACUCCUUCACAAAAUAAAGAGGAGAUGGGUGACUCAAAGCACCCUUCUUCAUUUGAUAGUUGUUCAGAAUCACUAAGAUCAAAGGCACACAUUGAGCGCAGCAACAGCAGACACCCGGAAAGACCAUUUGUUCCAUGCUCCAAGGGGACCAAAAAAGUGACCUGCCAUGAAAAUCCAAACAGCUACAUUGAGGAAGAGGUUCUGACAGCUGUGAAAGAUUCCCUGCAGAGUAAUAGCAUUCCAUCCAUCCCAGAUGAGAGAGAUUCAACUUCUAUUGCAACAGAAUACUCCCUGAAAUUUGAUUCCAUAACAGAAGUUGAGAUUGAAGAGAAGUCUUUCCGGUCCUUGCUACCCUCUGAGAGUCACCGCCGGAUCAACUUGAAGAAACGAGGUCACCAUGACUAUUCUGAUAAGGAAGCUUCUUCUAGAAAGACAGCCUUAUUACCUGUCAAGGAGUUGAGCCUGUCAUUCUCAGGUGGUCAAGACAGUUUUUCCAAAUUCACAAUGGGAAUGGUGCGGCAGUACAUGAAGGAAGAAGAAAUGCGGGCAGCUCACCAGUCCUCGCUGCUCCGGUUGCGUGAGAAAGCACUGAAAGAGAAGACCAAAGCUGAGCUAGCCUGGCUAGAGCACCAAGAAAAGCACUUAAGAGACAAAGGAGAGGAUGACAAGAUGCCACCUAUCCGAAAGAAACAGCGUGGCCUGAUUCUGAAGCUGCAGCAGGAAAAGGCAGAAAUUAAACGUCUUCAGGAGGCUAAUAAGGCUGCCCAGAAAGAGAGACAACUUAUUCUUGAGCAGCAGGAAGAGAUAGAGCAAAUACACCAAACUACUAUGAAACUGCAAGAAAAACUGAAAUCUGCAGGGGAAAAUAAGCUGGAGCAUUGCAGUGAAGAUGGUGGGAAACAAACACACUCUUCCAGCCCACUGCCAGUCGAUGCAGAGACCAGUAGCCCUUCUUCUGUCUCCAGCAGUGAGACUCAUAGCAUCAUGCAGAAAUUAAAGAACAUGCGCAACCGAGUGGAUGAGAAGUUCUUAACAAAGCGAGAGCAAAAACUGAUGCAGCGGCGCCAGCACGCCGAAGAACUGCUGCAGUGGAAACGCCGUCUAGAUGCAGAAGAAGCAAAGAUACGUCAGAUAGAGAAACAAGCCUGGGCUGCUUGGGACAAAGAACUGCUUGAAACAGUAGCAGCAGGAGACCAGGAGGACCAGAAAGGAAUGGCCAGUGAAGAAGAUUCUCCAGUGCCACCUUGUCCUCGCUUCAACAGUGGCACCUCUGUCCCAGAGGAACUGGGCAAUCUAGCUGUUGAGUCUGGCCCACCAAAGGACUCUGAGGUUCAAGGGCAGCUGGGAAGCCCACAUCGCACUACGCUUAUGGAAGAAAUGGUUUAUACGCAGGAAAUCAAAUCUUCUGCCUCACCUGGAAAACCUUCUCUUUCUAAAAGCAGCACAUCCUUUUCAAACCAAGGGUCCAGCAAAGGGACCCCCAGAGCUGGAGGGCAGCAGCCUUUACCAGUAAAAUCUCAGGAGGUAUCCUAUAGUUGGUCUGAUGAGUCAUUAUCUAUGACCCAGUCAGUCCUCAAACUUUCCUUAUCAGAAACCACCUCAGAUCAGAGCGACGCUGAAAGCCGAAUCCGGGCUCUGAAAGAUGAGUUACGGAAAAGAAAGUCUGUGGUCUACCAGCUGAAAAAAGAGCAGAAAAAGAGGCAUAAGGAGAGGCUGAAAGCCCAGGAGGCUAGCUUGAUCAAACAGCUAGAGACUUAUGAUGAAUUCAUCAAGAAGACUGAAGCAGAGUUGAGUCAGGAUCUGGAGGCAGCACCUACAGCUAAACCACAAAUUAAAACUCCAUCUUCUGUUACGGAGAAACCAAAGUUCAAGCCACCCCCACUCCGCAGACCUGAGACGGCCAGAAGUUGGAAAUCACUAGCUGAUUCUGAACACUGCAGGGGGUCACUGAAGUCCAUAGCAGAGCAUAUUGAUGCUGUAUCGCGUUCUGCGAGAUCUGACUCUUCAUACACCAAGAAAUUCAUUGAGGCAGAGAUUCAGACAGAGGAGCAUUUCCAAGCUCCAUCCCCAGGCCUCCAGGCCCCACAAGAAGCUGGAUCAGAAUCGUGUGAUUCUCUGGAUAGUUUCCCCCCCUUGGCUCUUCUCAAAGAUUUAGGAGACUUGAGCAAAACAUCCCAUGUGUCACUGAACACUUUCGAAGGUGCGACAAGUUGUGAUACACUUGUUUCCACUAACAGAUCUGUAAUACAAGAGGAAUGUAUUUCUGUGAAAUCAGAAAACUCUGAGUCAGAUGAUAGCCACAGGCUUUCUGGAAGACCCAAUGCUUCUGCUUUGGACACUGAGCAAAAGAGUUGCCCUCCAGUCUCAUUAAAGGCAAGUGCUGAGAUUGGCUUGGCUGUCGCUUGUGUUCAAGAUGCAAAGGAGAUACCGAAGCAGGAGAAAUGUCACAGGAAUGGUGAACGUGCUGCAUCAGGCCAAUCCUCUCAGAAGCUGGAUAAGACUUUGCUUCCGGAACAGCUAUUUGUUUGCACAGAGCCCUUGUAUUCUAACGAUUUUGAGAGAUCUUCAGCGAGAAAGCAUAGGUCAGACGAUGGGGCACCUCAUAAUCAAUAUUACAAGGAUGAUUUUGACACCUCUGCAUCCUCUCUUGGAAAAGACUCUAGGUCACAGGGAGCGAAAUCGUGGUGUACAAAAGCUCCUUGGAAGUGCCGAAGUAUUGGAAGUGCCGAAGAAGUAAGUGAAUAUCUCAGUGACAGAGCUCUCUCUGUGGCUUCUAGCAUUCAUUCAGAAAGAUUAUUAAUUCUGAAAUCGCCAACAGGACUGCUGAAAAGUAAAGAGCGCAGUGAUGUGGAGGGAGAAUCCGCUCGUGUUGAUCCAUCGUUCUGGGCUUCCUCUUCCAUGACAGAAGAAGAGGAAAAUACUCUGCAAGAUUUCAGCAUUGGUGACAGAAUCCUUGUCAGUAAUGUCCAGCCUGGAACACUGAGAUUUAAGGGCCUGACAAAUUUUGCUAAAGGAUUUUGGGCUGGUGUGGAAUUGGACAUGCCUGAAGGAAGGAAUAAUGGAAUUUAUGAUGGCAUUAAAUAUUUUGAUUGUAAGGAAAAACAUGGCAUUUUUGCUCCUCCGCAAAAAAUUUCAUGGAUUUCAGAGAGUUUUGUUGGCCCUGUGGACACAGGGGAGCACUCUUUCUGUACGAUUCAACUAGAUCCCAACCACAAAGCAGACCACAAGGACAGAGAGAGUGCUGGGGAAGCAGAAGAGGAGAGUGAGGGGACAAUUAUAAGUGACCAAUCUCUCCAGGAUAAAUCACAAAGAGGCGUUUCUGCCUUAGAGGCUUCCAUAGCAGCUGAAAACUAUUUAAAACUCAGUGCCCAAAAAAGCCAAAUUGUUGCUGCUGUUGAAGAAGUGCUUUCUGAAGAACAGAGUGUUGUCAAUUCUCUAAAGUCCUCAGCAGAGGACAACCGGCUCUUGCCUGCCUUCAUUUCUGAUGCCCUUAGCAAGUCGUCAACUGUUGGAGUGGAAGGGGCCUUGGAUGGAAUCGUCCCUGAGAAAUGGAAGCAACAGCAGCCCUCUUGGCAAGAAUAUGCUGAAAAGUCGGAGAGCCUUUCCCCAGGAGUGCUGGAGAAGUCUGCAGCUCCCCUCCUGGACUUGCUCACAGAAGAAUGGUGCCAAUCAGAAGCCCAGCUGAGGCUCCCAUCCCACAAGGAAGACAAAUCCAAAGAGCAACAGGAAAAAGUGGGUUUGUUGAUGGACAGCCUCUUGCAGGUGUUUGUGAAGGACACUGUCUGUCAGCUGCAGCAAAUCAGAAAGGCCAGGAACGAGAAGAUUCACCUCAGUAAUCAAGAACUAGCUGGUGACUCACUGAGCAUCUUAAUAAGUUCUCAGUUGGAGGAUGGAGAAGUGUCCUCUCCCGACUUGUGUCCCAGGCCCGGGAGCCCCAUGUUUGGUGCCAGUGGGCAGGAAGAGCUUGCCAAGAGGCUGACAGAGUUGGAGCUUAGCCGGGAAUUCCUGAGUGUGUUAGGAGAUAACCAAGAUUGGUUUGAUGAGGACUUUGGCUUGAGUACUCGCAAACUCUCUCUGAAGCAAGCUGAAGAAUCAGCAGUUCUGCCAAAGAUAGAGCCUCCCAAAGUGACCCCCAAGCCAUGUGAAGAGCCCUUAGCUGUCCCACACACCACAGAGGAGGUGGAGGUCUUGGUGCAAGAGGCAGCCGAGGAACUGUGGAAGUGCAAAGAACUGGGGCAUGAUCUUCAGGUUGCUGGUUUUCCCAGAGAUCUAAGUGAUUCCCUUAAAGAUGACAACAUUGAAGCCAUUAGCAAACAAAGCUAUAAACAGGCUGUGUUUGACUUAACAAGAGAGAUUUUUGGAGGAAUCUUUGCAGAACAUCCAUUUUUGAACCAAUCUAUAUGGAUGAAAUCCUGCAGGAUCACUUACUUCCCUCGAGUAAAAGAUCCAAGCGACCUAGAGGAAAUCAAGAGCUUUAUAGCAACUGAGGUGCUAAAGAUGUUAAAUUUGGAAAAGCAGAAAAACAACAGAGUGGAUUGGCAGAAAAUGGUCAAAUUUGGACAUGAAAAAUGUGAUAGAGUCGAUCAGAUACUGCUACAGGAAUUGCAUGAAGAGGAAGCUCACUGGGUGAAUUAUGAUGAGGAUGAGCUAUAUGUGAAGAUGCAACUGGCAGAUGGGAUUUUUGAGGACUUACUCAGGGACAUGAUUGAUAUCCUUAACCAGAUCAACGAGAAACAGAAGGAAUUACUGCCCAUGUGA